CUUGCCAAGCAUCUGCGCAGCAGAGGAUGAGCUGGUGGCUCUCCAUGCCUGAAGAGGAUGUGGUGUCACCUGCAGGCUGGUGCCCUCAUCAGGCUUCCAGGAGGGACGGAGGCUUUCCAGGGGAUCCUAAUCACUUGUGUUUAUUUCCUGCAGCUCCUCAGUGCUUGUGUGCUGUCCAGGAUGGAGGCAACAAGGAAGCGAGUGUCUGAUAGGGUUUUCUAUAGUACCCAUCACCGUAGGUCUAAGAACGGCCAGGUAAGGUGGAUUGUGCGGGUUCUCUGCUCUCCCUCUCCGCCGGCUGAGGAAGCUCUGUCAGGGCGAUGGGGGGUGUCUGCCCAGGCCUGCUGGCACGGGGAGACAGCAGCACAUCCUGCCCCUGCCCCAGCACCCACUCCCCUUGACAGGAGAGGGACUUGAGGACUUUUGGGGGGCUGCGGACCUGCCCUGCUGGGCAGCAAGGCACAGGGGUGGCAGUGUCCCUGCUGCGGUCUGCGGGGAGCAGGGGGGGGAGGCUCUGCUGGUGGCUGCCUGCAAGCCCCCCGCCCCAUGUCCCGCAUCCUACCUGCAGCUGGCUCUGCUGGGGAUGUGGAGCUGAGUGAGGGGUGCUGGCGUUGGGAGCAGCCGCGGCAGGAACGGGGCCGAGCUGGGUGGCAGGAAGCUGGUGGCAGGGAUGGAGCUGGAGUACGGUGGCAGGGGGCUGGUGGCAUCUUUCUGGUGGUGGCCCCAACCCCGUCUGGGCUGCCAGGGCCCCUGCAGGGCUGCUUGCAGGGACGGGUGCGGUGUCGCAGCUCUGCAGCCCCUGGAGCGCCACCGUGCUCCCUGUCCCCUGCUCUGCAGGGUGGGGGACAGGGACAGCAGGGGCAAGCCUGGUGGCACUUGGUACCUGAGGCCAGCAGGCGCUGUCGCUGUGCCCGUGCUGUGUCCUCAUGCGUGCUGUUAUCGGUCCAGCCGUCUGCGAAGGAAACUUCACCUGCAAGGAGAAUGAGGUGUGCGUGAGACCCAGCGAGUGCCGCUGCCGCCAUGGCUACUUCGGUGCCAACUGUGACACCAAGUGUCCCCGGCAGUUUUGGGGCCCCGACUGCAAGGAGAUGUGCAGCUGCCACCCCAACGGGCAGUGCGAGGACGUGACGGGCCAGUGCACCUGCAACCCCAACCGCUGGGGCCCCAAGUGUGAGAAUGUCUGCCUCUGCAAGCACGGCAAGUGCGACCAGAAGACGGGCAAGUGCACCUGCGAGCCGAACUGGUGGGGCCCCCAGUGCUCCAGCUCCUGCUACUGCAGCCACAACUCCCAGUGCGACCAGCAGACCGGGAACUGCCUGUGCCAGCCGGGCUGGUGGGGCCGUGGCUGCAACAACCAGUGCUCCUGCAACAACUCGCCCUGCGAACAGUUCACGGGGCGCUGCCAGUGCCGUGAGCGGACGUUUGGUCCCCGCUGUGACCGCUACUGCCAGUGCUACAAGGGCAAAUGCAACCAGGUGGAUGGGACCUGCACGUGCGAGCCGGGGUACCGGGGCAAAUACUGCCGCGAGCCCUGCCCCGCUGGUUUCUACGGCCAAGGCUGCCGGCGGCGUUGUGGGCAGUGCAAGAGCCUGCAGCCCUGCACCGUGGCGGACGGGCGCUGCCUGACCUGCGAGGCAGGCUGGAACGGCACCAAGUGCGACCAGCCCUGCUCAGCCGGCUUCUAUGGUGAGGGCUGCGAGAAGGUCUGUCCCCCCUGCAAGGAUGGCCACACCUGCAACCACAUCAAUGGCAAGUGCUCGCACUGCAACCCCGGCUGGAUUGGUGACCGGUGCGAAACCAAGUGCCGCAAUGGGACGUAUGGGGAGAACUGCGCCUUCGUCUGCAGCGACUGCGUCAACGGCGAGUGCCACUUCGAGACGGGGAGGUGCCUGUGCCGCGCCGGAUCCCAUGGCACGUACUGUAACCUCACCUGCCCGCUCGGCCACUACGGAGCCAACUGUGCCGAAGCCUGCAGCUGCCACGACGGCACGUGUGACCCGCUGACGGGCGCCUGCCACAUGGAGGCCAACCAGCGGAUGGGGGUGAUCGGGGCCGGAGCCCUCCUGGCGCUGCUGCUCAUCCUCCUGCUGUCCCUGCUCUGCUGCUGCUGCGUCUGCCGCAAGAAGGACGAAGCCCAUGGAGCAAAUCAGGACCCGGCAGCAGCCAAGAAACCGCCGAGACGCUUGUGUGGGCGCUUCAGCCGCAUCAGCAUGAAGCUCCCGCGCAUCCCCCUGCGCCGCCAGAAGUUGCCCAAGGUUGUAGUGGCUCACCACGACCUGGAGAACACCCUGAACUGCAGCUUCAUCGAGCCACCCUCGGUGGUGGAGCAGCCCUCCCCGUCCUGGUCCUCCCGCGGCUCCUUCUCCUCGUUCGACACGACAGACGAGGGGCCGGUGUACUGCGUCCCCCACGAAGAGAGCGUGGGCGACAGCAGGGACCGGGGGACAUCCUCCAGCCCUGGAGAGAAGCUGGUGGCCCCAGGCGGCGGGGAAGAGGCGGGCGAGUACACCUUCCUGAAGGAGACUGGCUCCGUCAAAGCCUUCCAGGCCGACAGCAGCGAAAUGCCCCUGCUCAAGUCCUCGGACAGCGAGCGCUCAUCCUGCGGGUCGGGCUCAGCCAGUGCCGCCCUCUAUGCCAGGGUCGCUCGCCUCUCCAAGCAGUCCAAGGAGGAGGAAGAAAUGGCAACGGAGCCCAGGGGGCCCGGGAAGCCACCGUCCCCAGAGAGAACCAAGCCCCGUCCCCCCGACCCAUCCACCAAGCCCAAGGUGUCCUGGAUCCACGGCCGGUACAACUCCAACCAGUCCAACUCGCUGCCGGCACCCGGCCGGUCCCCGGAGCAAGCGGCCGCGCGGCCCAGCAGCCCCGAGCACAGCCAGGGCUUGGCCAAGAGGAAGAGGAGCCCCAGCGAGACGUCAGCCUGCACGCACAGCAAAGCAGAGGAGAAGGGCAGCACGCGCAGCAAGGAGAGAACGCAGAAGCACCCCAAGGAGCCCGGCGUCCCCGAAGGCAAAGCCGGCCUCACCGUGGAGCCCCAGUCACCCUCCAAGCCCAAGCAGAGGAGCAAGGCCAACUCGGAGCAGAUGGAGAACAUCAAUGGGGCGGUGCAGAACGCCUUCAAAAAGAUGGGCGGCUUCCACCCAGAGCGGCGCGCCGGGGAGGCUCCCCGCAGCCCCAGUGCCAGCAAGCCACGCUCUGAAACCCUCCAUCCCCACCUGGCCUCCGAGGCAGCCACGCUGCUGGCUGCCCAGCUGAAGGAAAAGACUCAGAGCCUCAACAAGGGGGAGGGCAGCGCCCGGCCCAACGGGGUGGGUGUCCAGCGGGAGAAGCCCACCCCGCCCCAGAAAGCCAAGCGCUCAGCAGCUGCUGGCAGCCAGAAGGCCAGCAAGCCCCUGCUGCCCACCUCGCCCAACCUGCAGAAACUGAUCCCCACUGCGGCCGAGCCGGCGGCCGGGGAGCCCAGGCGGGCGGAGAAGCAAACCUCCUCCGUUAGCAGCCAGGACCCGGCUCCCCAGAGCGAGCAAGCAGCCAAGAAGACGCCCAUUAAAAAGCCUCCCAGGAAGAAGAGCCGAGAAGCCACCCUGGAGCUGUCCAAAGCAGCUGCGGUGCCCGCUCAGACGGUGCAGUAACGGGGAGCCUGGCACCCAGCCCCAUGCCAGCCUGCCCCACGCCGGGUGUGCUUGGGCAGGAGGAAGGACAUUUGCAGGCACGUGGGGGCCUGGACUGGAGAGGGGGCACCGCAAGAGCCGCCCAGCCUCCUCUUUUCCCCCGUCUCUCCCCUCACCCUCCUUUUCCCUUAGUCCCAUCUCCUCCCGUGCCCCGGUACCCCCCUGUGCCCUGCUCCCUACUCCCCAGGCAGGGGCAGGAGCUGGGGGCCCCCCCUUUUUGUUAGCAGUAUUAUCGAUCGCAUAAGCAGUGCUUGUUGUACUAGACGUGCCCAUGUUAUAUUCUGCAGUAACGGAGCCACUUGCUUCCCACGCCCCACUCGGGUCCGUCGGUCCCCGUCGCGGCGGGGGUGAGGGGACGAGUGGGGCCGUGGCUGGGGACGUGCCCCACAUCCUCGCCCCACGCCCGGGCUGCUCGCACAUCCCCGCGCUGCCGCUUCAGCUUCUCCGCUCCCGGAGGCGCAGCCCCUGGUGCCGCUGUCCCCCUGGUGCCGCCGUCCCUCUGCCACCACGCUGCUCCUGGCGCGGGGUCGAGCUGGUUUCGACCGAUGUCCCCCGGCCCUGGGGCUGCCUCUGCCAGGAGCAGCCAGCAGGAAAGCACUAUUUAUGGCCAGAGCCAGACGCCGCUCGGGGAGGCUGUCGCAGCUCCGGGGGCCCAGCCAGCAGAGUCGAGCGGAUGAGUUUGGUACGACAGAGCCUGGCAUCUCUGCAGAGCGCUUUUCUAAUAAAGUGUAUUUCUUCCA